GUAAACAUGGCUAGAACGGCGUGGGAAGCCGAUCGUUACUUUUUUCCCUACUAAAAAAAAAACAAAACAAAACAAAAAAAAAAGAAAAAAAAACAAGUUUCAAAUGCUAAGUAAUGCGGUAACAUCGGAUAAACUAGCACGGUUAGUCAUGGUAACAUGUACGAGAUUAAAGAAGAGUUAGUUAUAAACUCUAUUGAACGUGGACGUUUCCAUCUUGGAAUUUUUCUUUUUUUAUUUUUUGUUUAUUUCGAAUUCUUUUUUCCCCCUUUCUCUUUUCGUCGAAAUGGAGGCUGCUUAUAACGUCCGGCACUCUUAACUAAAAGUGAAGCAAAAAACUCCCUUUAUAUAAUAUUAUUCGUAGAGUAUUCGAUAAAUAAUUAGCCGGAUUGUCUACAUUGGAGAUCGUAUGACAGAAAAGUUUUUUAUCCUUCCUCCUAAUGAAAUUUGUUCAAGUUCUUUUGUGAUCGUUUCUCUUGACGUCUGCCAUUUCAGAAUGUCCGAUGGAGGUGAAGUUGGCUUCGUUCCUGUUCCAAAUGUCAACUUAUCACUACAAAGACUAUAUUUAAGUAAACAGGAAACAAAAAUAUCUUCCUUGGCCUAUAUUACACACAUUUGAGUCAUGAAUACUAUAGAAAAAAUUUCAAGAAAUUUUUAGAAGAUUCUUCUGUGAAAUCACUUUUUGUGAUUUACAUAUUGUAAUCAUGCAGAACGGAACAUAUCCUUGGGUUACAUCCUCGUCGCUGAGUCAGAAAAGCUGGCCACCUGGCUAUCAGGCAAGCUUGACUGACUUAUUUCUGAAAAAGAAUCCUCUACAUUUUCGAACAGGAAUCUCACAGCUAGCAGCAGCUUCUAGUUACAUUGAGAAAAUGUCAAGUUUAAGUGAUAACGUCUCUCAGAAAUGUCCCCAUCCAGAUUCAAAGGACAAACCUUAUCCAUGUGAUAUUUGUCAACAGUAUUUUACUCUGUGUAACAAUCUCAGAACGGACUGUACUUCUAACAAUAAUACGCCCGUUAGUACUUCCAUUAGUACAUCGACUCCUCAAGAAAGAAAACCGAUGAGUAUAAUUCCGAGUCUUUCGGAAAGAUCGCCGCAGUCCGUUACAACUAACUCUUCGGGAAUCCAACGCAAUCGACCACCUUCAACAAAACAGUUUCCCUGUCAGGUAUGUCAGAAGUACUUCACCCAGAAAGGUAAUUUGAAAACCCAUAUGAUGAUUCAUACGGGUGAAAAACCUUAUUCAUGUCAAGUAUGUGGUAAAUGUUUCACUCAAAAAGGAAAUGUAGAUACUCAUAUGAAAAUUCAUACUGGCGAAAAAGACUUUGGUUGUGAUACUUGCGGUAAGCGAUUCACACAGAAAGGUAAUUUGAAAACCCACGUGAGAAGUGUUCACACUAAGGAGAAGCCAUUUGCUUGUGGUGUCUGUGGGAAAUGUUUUUCCCAGAAGGGUAAUAUGCAAACCCACAUGAGAACGCACAAUAAAGAUGACAGAUUUCCUUGCACUCUUUGUGGUAAGACAUUUUCACAAAAAGGUAAUCUAAAAACACACAUGCAACGACAUACAGGUCAGCUGCCAUCCAGAAGAUCAUACGGAUCUCGUAGUUCCUCAAAGCGUUCCUCUGAAAAUUUACAUACGUCUCAAGCAUCUUCCCGCUUUUCUUCAUUUAACACUCAUCCAUCCACUAGACAGUCUUCUCCUAUUCAUUCUGACACUCCCCCAAAGUCUGCAAUCAAAUUACCAUUAGACAUACCAAAUUCAAGAAGUGGUCUUUCGUUAUCAUAUAAUGUGGAGUCACAGUUGGACUGCAAGCCUCAUUUAACUCCACCGCAUCAUAAUAUGUCACCUCAUCAGUCAGACAUUUCUAGCCCUUCUCCUGGUGGUGAUUUAACCCCUCCAUCCUCUCUCCAUAAAUCACAACAGGCCCACAUUUCUCAACAAACUAAUCAUCUCUCUUUAGAAGCUUUGUCGCAAGUACAUAUGCAUGCCACUAAUGCUCAUCAUACUCGUAUUCCCAGUCCCGCACCACUGUCGAACACUUCGAUUCCGCUCUCCACUUCAGAAUCGGAUUCUCGUCCAUUUUAUUCUGCACCUCCGACACCCGUACCUGGUGCUACAAGGUGGUUGCCACACGCAGCUGCGAGACAUUACGAGUCUUUUCAGCCACAUUCUGGUUUAAGUUCCUAUAAUGUUAUGUCACAACAUACUAAUCCAUUAUCACAAUUGUCACUAUUUGCAUCUAAUUCUAUGUCCCAUCAUUUAUUAAGUAAUCAGCAGUCGGAAUCUGAAAAACAACCCCCUCCCUCUCAUACUUCUCAUUCACAAAUUCACGAUUCGCAUUUUCAUAAUUCUAGAAAUCCAGAUUUUUCUCAAUUACUGGAUUGAAUUUGUUUUAAAAUAAUUUUUAAGAUUAUAUCCCAUUACGAUAUUAUAGCGAUUUAUAAGAUAUUAUAUCAAGUAUAUAUCAGUUUAUUCUGCUUUUUUUAAAUAAAGCUCAAGACGAUUUAUCUAGUUACAAGCACAUUAUAUUUCCAAUUCGACAUCUGAAGUUGAAGUACAAUCAUUUGGCAGCUACGAGCGGUCCCCUCUUUUUAACGCAGUUUGUCGACGAUAUUUUUCUCUCGUAUAUAUUAAAUCUUUAAUAUUAAAAUAUACAAGAUAAAUCCUUUACCUGUUAUAUUAAACAAAUCUUUCUUUGGUUGUUAAAACAACCUGAAAAAUAAAAUGUUCAAUUUUUUUUUCUAAAGACAUUUAUAUAUAUAUGUAACGUGAUUGUUUUAUAUUUACCUUUUUCUGUCCGAGUUUUUUGUCCGUUCUUUCAUAAGUUCCUAUUAAGGAAUAUCAAUAUAGCUCAAAGAUGUAUAUGUUACUGUACAGAACAUUUUUCUCCCAUUUGGACAGGGUUUAAAAAAAUAGUUUAGGAUGGGAAAAGUAGAUUAAAUAUAGCCAAUAUUUCUUAGCUCUUGCACAGUAACAACUGAUGUGCUCAAAAUAAUUCUAGUACUUUCAUAUUAAUAGUUGAAUAAUCAUCAUUUUACUGAUGUUAAAUAUUUAAAAGUAUCCAAUUAGUACUAAUAAUACUACUAUACUACUACUACUACUACUACACAGAAUUACCUGGUAGCAGAUUUUUCAAGCAGUAAUAAAUGUAAUUUUACAUUUUUAAAUGAUCUGCAGUCUAGAAUUCUCAGUUUAGUAUUACUUGUAUGUGAUGUGAGUGUAUUAGGAGGAAAAAUAAAAUAAAAAACAUUUUUGAAUUUCUUAGUGAAGGUCUCAGGGCAUCAAAGCCUUUUUUUAGAAUAGCCCAAGAGGCGCAAAUGAUUAGAAAAAAAUAUGCAAAACUUGCAUUUUGUCACUGACUUUGCAAAUACUAAACACUAAGCCCGACAGCAUCGUUUGCAAAUUCAUUAGGGAUGCCAUUUUGCGAGGGCCAAAUUUUACCAAAUAUUAGUUCCUGCCCAUCUCAUCCCUACAUUAAAUACUCUUU